AGAGGGAAGUCAGCACACCUGCCCUUGUUCAGCUGGGUUAAGGGCCCUCAAGUGCAGAAGCAAGGUAUCCCCUGUGCCUUUGCCCCACAUAAAACCUGUUGAAGAGCCUGCACCUGUGGGGCUGUGCAAUCAGUGUGCACUAGGAGGAUUUCACACACUCACUCUGCUCUAUAGAAAGGAAAUCACACACAGAGGAAAAAGAGCAAAGUCCUGUCACAGAAGGCGGGGAAACAAGCGCCUGCAGAAGUUGAGCAAAGUCCCACAGUAGCAUAACCUGGAGCUGGCACCAUGGACGUCCUGGUUCGACUCCUGCAGCUGCUCGUGCUGCUCCUGACCCUGCCCCUGCACCUGCUGGCUCUGCUGGGCUUAUGGCAGCCCCUGUGCAAAAAGUACUUCCCCUACUUGAUGGCUGUGCUGACCACCAAGACCAAUCGCAUGAUGGAGAGCAAGAAACGGGAACUCUUCAGCCAGAUAAAGGGGCUCAAGGGAACCUCUGGGAAGGUGGCCCUGCUAGAGCUCGGCUGUGGCACUGGUGCCAACUUCCAGUUCUACCCGCCUGACUGCAGGAUCACCUGCCUAGACCCAAACCCCAACUUUGAGAAGUUCCUGACAAAGAGCAUGGCUGAGAACAGGCAUCUCCAGUAUGAGCGGUUUGUGGUGGCUCCUGGAGAGGACAUGAAACAAGUGGCAGAUGGCUCCAUGGACGCGGUGGUCUGUACUCUGGUGCUGUGCUCUGUGCAGAGCAUAAAGAAGGUCCUGCAGGAAGUCCACAGAGUCCUGAGGCCGGGAGGAGUACUGUUCUUCUUGGAGCACGUGGCUGAGCCUGAAGGAAGCAGGGCCCUGAUGUGGCAGCAAGUUUUCGAGCCCACCUGGAAACACAUUGGGGAUGGCUGCUACCUCACCAGAGAGACCUGGAAGGAUCUUAAGAAGGCCCAUUUCUCUGAGGUCCAAAUAGAAUGGCACCCUCCUCCCAUCAAAUGGCUGCCUGUUGGGCCCCACAUCAUGGGAAAAGCUGUGAAAUAAGCUUCAGUCCCCAAGGCAGUCACUGGCUCCCUCCCCUCUGCCAAUCAAAACAACCAUCCACCCCCACCACCACCCAGUCUCUCUCCUUCAGAAAGGAAUCAAGCAAAGAAUGAACCCAACCCCUGCUCCUCUGUGCCUACCUCUGCCAGGGAAAAUCUCUAGAUUCCAAUUCUCUUCCCCAGCAACAAAGCUCUAUCCCCACCCUCACCAGAAAAGGUACAUCCUGUCUACAACCACAAAUUCCCGAACUUUGCCCACCACCUUCUACACAACAGCUGUUCCUGGUCUCUCAUUCCCAGGGGUGGAUUCCCCCAGCCACCUCCGAGCAUAUACCCACGUGCUGCUUGGAACUGCUCACAGGAGCCACAGUGCCCAGAUCCCUGCCAGGCCACCUGAGUCUCCCUCCCACAGGACCUUUGUCCUGGGCUGUGAGGGUGCCAGAGACUCGGGCCCUGGUGAUGAGGGAACAACACUCAGUAAGGAAGCCAGAGAUUUUUGUCCUCAAAUAUUUUUUAAUAAAUAGACAAAACCCA